GGGUCCUGUUUUGUGAUGGUUGAUGAAUCGAUUGUUUUUUUUCCCCCUCUCUCCUAUCUUUGCAUAUAUGUCUUCCCUUGUGUUUCACACUCUUCUGGAUUUUAUGAGCAGUUUAAUGACAUGGGACAUCAUGGAACAAAAGUUAUCAUUUACAAUCUAUGGUUCAAUAAUGAUGGAGAUAUGGAGCUUGAUUUUGAAUCUGAUCCUGAGGAUAUUCUAAUAAUGGGGGGUAAGAGAAAAGUUCGGUCAGCUAACCGUCAAUUUCAGACAAUAGUUGAACAACACAUUGCGAACCGAUACCAUUAUUCUCUUCGUGUAUAUUCAUCAAUUUUGUACCUGCGAAUACCAGAGAGUUUCAGAAUUAUACUGCGUGGUCGAGUUGUUGUGCAUCACAUUAUUGCUAAUGAUAUAAGAUUUCCCGAGUGCGUACUCUACAAACCUCAAAUUAGUGGAAGUACGGAGACUGCAAUCCUUACGACAAUAGGGUUCCUGAAAGAUGCUCCACAUGUAAAUGUCCAUGGUUUCAAUAUCUACCACAAGAACCGUCUUAUAUUGCCAUUUUUGCGUGUUGUUAGUCAAACCGAUACAAAAAGCAGAGGUGUUGUUGGCGUAUUGGAGGCAAAUUUUAUUGAACCCACCCAUGAUAAGCAAGAUUUUGAGAAGACUUCUCUUUUUCAAAGGCUUGAGUACCGCUUAAAGCAGAUGACAUCUGAAUAUUGGAAUAUUCAUUGUGGAUUGAUUGGGUAUGGUCAAGUUAAAAAAUCUCCUGUGCCAGUGAUUCCCCAGGGCUCACAUCAAUCUGGAACACAUGGUCUUCAAGCUGUUGUGACAAAUCAUGGUUCCCCUGCUAUUGAUGAUCCAAGAGUCGCUUCUGCUGGUGAAGCCCCUCAAGGUUUAUCCAUAAAAAGGAAGGAUCAUGAUCAUAUAGUUGAACAUGAACGCAUGAAAGCACGAGCGAGGUCAGGAGAAAAUGUAAUUGACACCAGGCAGAAUAGGUUUACUCAGCCUAAGAAUUAUAUUGAGAAUCUGGUGCAAGAUCAAGAGUCCAUUAUUCUAAUACAAGAAAACAAGAAGCUCCGAGCACAGUGCUCAGAAUACGAGAGAAGGGCAGAACAGCUUAUUAUCAAGGUGCAACAGCUCAGAAAGGAGCUAGAAGAGGCCCAACAUGAGUACACAAGGCUCUUGGCUGAAUCACAAGCAAUGGAUUCCAUAAAGGAGGAGAAGAGGUGAAAUGGUGGAUUCUUCUCCACUCCCCAACCCUUACCCCCUUCUCUUCCCUUCCACUACCCUCAUGUAUUCAUUCUUUUUUUCCACUUAAGUUGAAAUGGGUUUUCUGUUAGUGUGCCAGUGUAUCAGAAAUUAGAAUGUCAUCACAGUUUUGGAGGGAUAGGGGGUCAUAGAAAUCAAAAAUUGUCAUUAAUAUGUUGUAAAAAUGUAGAAACAAAUUCUAAUUGCCACCGAUGUGAAAAUGGAAGUAAUCCUAGCGCCCUUCCACUGU